UCCAUUGUCACUCUAAUAUUCAUUCUGUCCCUCGUGUUCGUUUUCAAAGACGCAAGAAAGGGCAAAGGUUUCCGCAGCCGAUUGCUAUUUAUGCCUCAAUAACCAGAGAAUUCCUCUCUGCAAAACUCCCAAUGAUCUCUCUUCCUUCUUUCCAUCAUUCUCUUUCAAAGCCCUCCCUUUUCCUUCUUUCCUCUUCCUUUCCACCUUUCCUUCAAUCUAUUUCGUUUGCCCCAACAGCACCACCAAAAUCCAUCUUCCUUCACGCCUCUAAACCACUCCAUGUCAAUUGUUCCUCGACCGCCCCCACGCCAACAUCGGAACUCGACCCAAACCAUACCCGACCCCUUUCCACCCUCAAGAUUGCCAUCAUUGGCUUUGGAAACUACGGCCAAUUCCUAGCUAAAACUCUUGUAUCUCGAGGCCACAAUGUUAUAGCCCACUCGAGAUCCGACUAUUCUCACUUAGCCAAAAGACAGGGAGUUUCCUUCUUUCUGAACCCACACGACUUGUGUGAACAACACCCAGAUGUUAUCAUCCUUUGUACUUCAAUUAUCUCAACCGAACAUGUCUUGGAAUCUCUUCCUUUACAAAGACUGAAACGAUCCACAUUGUUUGUUGAUGUUUUAUCCGUCAAAGAGUUCGCCAAGAAUCUCCUCCUAGAUGUCUUGCCCCCUGAUUUCGACAUCAUUUGUUCCCAUCCCAUGUUCGGACCUCAAAGCGGCAAACGAAGCUGGAAAGACCUCUUCUUUGUCUACGAAAAAGUUAGAAUCGGUAAUGAAUCCUCCAGAGUUCGAAGAUGUGAAGAAUUUCUUGGAAUAUUUCAAAGUGAAGGGUGUAAAAUGGUGCAAAUGAGCUGUCUGGAGCACGACAAGUUUGCGGCGGGGUCACAGUUUAUGACUCACACUGUUGGAAGAGUGUUGGACAUGUUGGGAUUGGAGUCAACGCCGAUUAAUACAAAGGGUUAUGAGACUUUAUUGGAUUUGGUUGAUAAUACUUGCGGGGAUAGCUUUGAUUUGUAUUAUGGCUUGUUUCUGUAUAAUAAGAGUGCUCUGGAGAUGGUGGAGAGGUUGCAUUUGGCUUUUGAUGCUUUGAGGAAUGAGCUUUUUGGCAGGUUGCAUCAUGUUGUAAGGAAACAAUUGUUUGAGAAUGGAGGGAAGGGGAAGAAUUUGCAAGAGAUUAGUUACCAAAAUGGUGCUGUUUUGGCUUCAAGCUCAAAUACUUCGAGAUCUGAAGAUUAUAUUAUACCUUAUGAAUUCAAAGGAAAGAUAUCCGAAAGUGUUGAUGACAGUUCAAAGCUCAAGAUUGCAAUUGUUGGAUUUGGAAAUUUUGGCCAGUUCCUUGCAAAAACCCUGGUUCGACAGGGCCACUUACUUUUAGCUUAUUCAAGAACUGAUUACAGAGAUGUGGCUCAGAAAUUGGGGGUUUCUUUCUUCUCUGAUGCUCAUGACCUCUGUGAAGAGCAUCCAGAAGUUAUUCUUCUGUGUACCUCAAUUCUUUCAACAGAAAAAGUUCUCAAGUCAUUGCCCUUUCAGAGAUUGAGGAGAAGUACUCUGUUUGUUGAUGUACUAUCUGUGAAAGAGUUCCCAAGGCAUUUGUUUCUUCAACAUUUACCAUCAGAUUUUGAUAUUUUGUGCACGCAUCCAAUGUUUGGACCAGAAAGUGGUAAAAAUGGGUGGAAUGGGCUUCCAUUUGUUUUUGAUAAGGUGAGGGUUGGAAGUGAUGAAAGACGAGUAGCUCGGUGUAAUAGGUUCCUUGAUAUUUUUGCACAUGAAGGAUGCCGAAUGGUGGAGAUGACUUGUGCAGAACAUGAUCAGCAUGCGGCAGGUUCACAGUUCAUUACCCACACGAUGGGCAGGGUUUUGGAGAAGCUAGAAUUGGAGUCUACACCAAUUAACACAAAAGGGUAUGAGACUUUGUUGAGGCUGGUGGAGAAUACAGCUGGAGACAGCUUUGAACUUUAUUAUGGGCUGUUCAUGUACAAUGUAAAUUCAAUGGAACAGCUUGAGAAAAUGGAUUUUGCCAUUGAGUCAUUGAAGAAGCAGCUCUUUGGUAGAUUGCAUGGUGUUCUUCGAAAGGAACUGUUUGGAGAUUCAGAGAAGUUUGAGGUUUUGCAAGAGAAAUCUGUUGAGCGAAAUGGUGCAGCUCUUUCAUCUUCUGUGGAGAGUGUUAAAAUCCAUUAGCUCAAUGUUUUUGUUUUAUCUGAUUUCACUUGAUGUCUUUUUUCUACAUUAUGGUGAUUGGAUCUCCCGCAGUUCUCUAAAAUCAGCAGUGAAGAAUAUCGGUAGUGUGCCAACC